UAUGUCAAUUAUCUUUAGUUUCUUGGAAAAAAAAUCAAAUAAGCCUACACAAGAAAACUGAUUCAUCUACUCAGUACUCUUAUAACAAAACAUUAAUGCCAUCUUCGAUUGUUCUAAAACUUAUACCUACAACCAAAACUUAUUUCAACAAAAUAAUAUUUAGAACUUCCGAUUGCUAAGAACUGCGUGUAUAAAUUAAAAGGAUACUGAAAUAUAUUAAAUUUAAAAUUUGGAAGGAAAUGGUAAAAUGAAAUGCAAGAACAAAUAAGGACGCUUGGUGGCGCUGCAGGAUAAGAGUGUGAAGAAUGGGCUCUGCAGAUGCCCAGGACGCCAUCUCUUCAAGCUGAGAACCAGAACUUUGGCUGUUUGAAAGAGAAGGUAAUAAGAAAGGUUUCUGGGAGAAUUUGGGAAGAAGGUGCCUCUCUAAUCCGAUUUAGUUGAAUAUUUUAAUGACCCCUGAGUGGAUUAUUAUCGACUAGAAGAAGCAGCGCCCUCUGGACUGCAUCUGAACAAUGGAGACAGAUCUAUCAAAAACGCCAGAGAAAAGGCAAGUCAUUUUACUUACUAUAUUGCUGCUUUUGUGGGAGGCUGAUUCUGAGGCGAUUAGAUAUUCCAUGCCAGAAGAAACGGAGAGUGGCUACUUGGUAGCUAACCUGGCCAAAGAUCUGGGGCUCAGGGUGGGGGAACUGGCCACCAGAGGGGCACAAAUCCAUUCCAAAGGAAACAAAGAGCUCUUGCAGCUGCAUGCAGAGACCGGGAAUUUGCUCCUAAAGGAAAAACCAGAUCGUGAGGUGCUGUGUGGGGUGACAGACCCCUGUGUGCUGCAUUUCCAGCUCAUUCUGGAAAACCCUGUGCAGUUCUUCCAAACUGACCUGCAGAUCACAGACAUAAAUGACCAUGCUCCAGAGUUCUCUCACAGGGAAAUGCUCCUAAAAAUCCCUGAGAGCGCACAGCCAGGGACUGUGUUUCCUCUGAAGGCAGCUCAGGACUCUGACAUAGGGAGCAAUGCUGUUCAGAACUACACAGUCAACUCCAACCUCCAUUUCCAUAUGGUUACUCAGAGUCGCGCUGAUGGCAGGAAAUACCCAGAGCUGGUGUUGGACAGAGCCCUGGACAGGGAGGAGGAGCCUGAGCUCACUUUAACCCUCACUGCUGUGGAUGGUGGGUCUCCGCCCAGGUCUGGGUCUACUACAGUUCGCAUUGAAGUUGUGGACAUCAAUGAUAACGUCCCCCAGUUUGUACAGUCGCUCUAUGAAGUGCAAGUCCCUGAGAACAGCCCCCUCCAUGCCUUAAUUGUCACGGUCUCUGCCAGGGAUUUAGAUGUGGGACCUUAUGGGAAUGUAGCCUACUCUCUGUUUCAAGGUGAUGCAGCUUCUCAACCAUUUGUAAUAGACGAGGUCACAGGAGAAAUUCGUCUGAGUGAUGAGUUGGAUUUUGAGGUAAAUAGCCAUUAUAACAUAGAAAUCACAGCCANNGAUGGAGGAGGCCUUUCGGGGAAAUGCACUGUGUCUGUACGGGUGUUGGAUGUGAAUGACAACGCCCCAGAGCUGACCAUCAGAAAGCUCACAAUUCCUGUCCCAGAAAACUCCCCAGAGACUGUAGUUGCUGUUUUCAGUGUUUCUGAUUCAGAUUCUGGGGACAAUGGAAGAAUGGUGUGUUCUAUUCCAAAUGAUCUCCCAUUUCUCUUUAAACCCACUUUCAAGAACUAUUACACUUUAGUGACAGAGGGGCCACUAGACAGAGAAAGCAGAGCUGAGUACAACAUCACCAUCACAGUCACCGAUAUGGGCACACCCAGGCUCACAACACAGCACACCAUAACAGUGCAGGUGUCUGAUGUCAAUGACAACGCCCCAGCCUUCACACAAACCUCCUACACCCUGUUUGUCCAGGAGAACAACAGCCCCACCCUGCACAUAGGCACCAUCAGCGCCACAGACUCAGACUCAGGCUCCAAUGCCCACAUCACCUACUCACUCCUACCCACCCAAGACCCACAGCUGGCCCUCUCCUCGCUCAUCUCCAUCAACACCGAAAACGGGCAACUGUUCGCGCUCAGGGCGCUGGACUAUGAGGACCUGCAGACCUUCGAAUUCCACGUGGGCGCCACAGACCAAGGCUCUCCUGCGCUCAGCAGCCAGGCGCUGGUGCGAGUGCUGGUGCUGGACGCCAACGACAAUGCGCCCUUCGUGCUCUACCCGCUGCAGAACGCCUCUGCGCCCUGCACAGAGCUGCUGCCCAGGGCGGCAGAGCCAGGCUACCUGGUCACCAAGGUGGUGGCAGUGGACCGCGACUCUGGACAGAACGCCUGGCUGUCCUUCCAGCUGCUCAAGGCCACGGAACCCGGGCUGUUCAGCGUGUGGGCUCACAAUGGCGAGGUGCGCACCUCCAGGCUGCUGAGUGAGCGCGAUGCUCCCAAGCACAGGCUGCUGCUGCUAGUCAAGGACAAUGGUGAUCCUCCAAGGUCAGCCAGUGUCACUCUGCAUGUGCUGCUGGUGGAUGGCUUCUCUCAGCCCUACCUGCCUCUGCCAGAGGUGGCGCGCGACCCCGCCCAGGAUGAGGACUUGCUCACACUGUACCUGGUCAUUGCCUUGGCUUCUGUGUCUUCUCUCUUCCUGUUGUCUGUGCUGCUGUUCGUGGGGGUGAGGCUGUGCAGGAGGGCCAGGGCGGCCUCUCUGGGUAACUUCUCUUUGCCUGAGGGACACUUUCCUGGCCACCUGAUAGACGUCAGUGGCACUGGGACCCUGUCCGAGAGCUACCAGUAUGAGGUGUGUCUGAAAGGUGGUACCGGAACAAAUGAGUUCAAAUUUGUUAAACCUUUGUUUCCCAACGUUGAGACCCAGGCUUGUGCUGAAGAAAAUGAAAAUGCUGUGGUGCGCAAUAGCUUUGUAUUCUAUUAGAGCGAUUAUUUUGUCGUGGUUUUUACCUCAUUUAUGUUAACUAUCCCUGAUGUAGAGUGCAGUGAAUCAUCUUGAGCUAUACGUUUAAUUUAUCCCUUGUUUUGGAUUUGUUUAUUCAAAUUUCCUUAUAGAAAGUUUUAAUCUACUUCUUGUUUAUAUUUCCAUGCUCUAACAAUGCAUGCUGAGGUUUUUGGUUUUUUCUCUAUAUUUGUUGAUUCUUAGAACUAGUUUUGCUGUAACAAAUUGGAACUUCUUUCAUUGUUAGUGGCACCUUAUUUUGUUUGGUUAUUUGAGGUAGGGUCUUUGUAGCCUUAGCUGAUCUGGAAUGGCUGAGUACAGAUUGACUAAAAAUUUGUGGGGAUCUAUCUGCUUCUGUCGCCUGAAAUGUUGGGAUUAUGAGCAUGCACCAACAGGCUUAGCCGUGGUGAAGUUUGCCUUGAUAAAGAUCAAAUACUAGUUGCA